CCGGUUCGGCGGGUCCGGCCCCAGAGAAGGGGGAGCGAGGCGGCCUCCCCGCCCCUCGCCGCGGCCUCGGGCCUCACCCCGCCCCCAGACACCCCGCACCGCGAGCACACAGCGGCGGCGAGCAGAAAGAAAGGAGGCGGCAGGCAGGAGCAGGCAGCGCCGCUUCCACCACCCCCCCUUCCCGCGGCAGCCACCGGAGCGGGGCGAGAACGGGAGAUUUUAUAUUUUUUUUUUAUUUUUAUAUAUAUAUAUAUAUUUUUUAUUUUCUCCGCCUGGGCUGCGGAGGGCACGGCCGGUGCAGCCCUGCUUGGGGACCCCCCUCCUAUAGCCGCCCGCCGCCUCCUCCCGGCCCCCGCCCGAGGCCUCAGCGCGUAGCCGGAGCUCCCGUAGGUCCCGCCGGGCGUGCGGCGGAGCGGGCCCGGCUCCCUCCUUUGUCCGAUCCCCCCGCCGCCCCCCGACACCGACCGCCGCUGCCCCCGCAGGUCGGCGGAUGGACCCGCAGCCCGGCGCCAGGAGCUGCAGCCGCGGGGCUCCCGCCUGCGAGGUGGGGCCACCCGAGCCCCCCAUGAACCUCUACAUCCACACCACCACCGGCACCCGCUAUGAGCUCUCGGUGCCCGCCGAGGAGACGGUGGAGGGGCUGAAGCGGCGGCUGUCCCAGCGCCUCAAGGUGCCCAAGGAGCGUCUGGCGCUGCUGCACAAAGAGAGCCGCCUCAGCUCUGGCAAGCUGCAGGACCUGGGGGUCGUGGAAGGCAGCAAGCUGACACUGGUGCCCACCGUGGAGGCCGGCUUGAUGUCCCAGGCGUCCAGGCCAGAACAGUCGGUGAUGCAAGCUCUGGAAAGCUUAACUGAAACUCAGGUCAACGACUUCUUGUCGGGCCGGUCGCCGCUGACCCUGGCCCUGCGUGUGGGUGACCACAUGAUGUUCGUGCAGCUGCAGCUGGCGGCCCAGCAGAGCACGGGGCAGCUCCAGCACCGACACCUCAUUGCCAGCCGGGGCGAGGCGGGCGCCGGCGCCAGCCCCCACUGCCGGACGCUGCACGGUGCCGGCGGCUCCGGCUUCGCCCGCAUCCCCGUGGUGCCCUCGUGCCAGCAGAGCCCGGCCCCCAGCCCCACGCCCACCCCGCCAGCCCCUCCUGUGUACUGUAACGCCCCUCACGCCGCUCCUGUCACCGCCGGCAUGUUCCGGUCGCACGGGGCCAGCACGCAGACGGUGAACAGCAGCGUGGUCUCCUCCUGCUCAGAGGUGGACUGUGGCUCCCGCAGCAGCAGCUCCCCGGGCAGCAGCCCGGCCCCCUCGGCCCGAUCGCGCAAGCCCGGGGCGGUCAUCGAGAGCUUUGUCAACCACGCUCCUGGGGUCUUCUCAGGGACCUUCUCCGGCACUUUGCACCCCAACUGCCAGGACAGCAGCGGGCGGCCGCGGCGGGACAUCGGCACCAUCCUGCAGAUCCUCAACGACCUCCUCAGCGCCACGAGACACUACCAGGGCAUGCCCCAGUCCCUGACACAGCUCCGCUGCCAGACGCAGUUCUCCUCCUCCUCCUCCUCUUCCUCCUCCUCGCCGCCUGCCUCUCCAGACCUCGCCAGCAAAACUACCUCAGAGCCGCUGCCGGCGGCCGCCGCCCCCACCCUGCACCCCGUCGUCCAGUGCCAAAGCCAGAUCCGGAUGUGCAAGCCCAGUGGGGACCGGCUGCGGCAGACGGAGAACCGUGCCACGCGCUGCAAGGUGGAGCGGCUGCAGCUGCUGCUGCAGCAGAAGCGGCUGCGGCGGAAGGCGCGGCGGGACGCCCGGGCUCCGUACCACUGGGUGCCCAACCGCAAGGCCGGCCGCACCAACAGCAACAGCAGCGUCUCCAGCAGCGAGGGCAGCCUGGACCUGGACUUCGAGGACUCGGUCUGGAAGCCGGAGGUCAAGGCCGAGAUGAAAUCCGAGUUUGUCGUAGCAUAGAGGAGAGCCAGGGCCCCGGGGGACUGUGCCGGGGGGUCCCACUGGCUGGCCCCGCUCUGGGGAGGCAGCGCUGGCGUCGUGGGCUGGGGCUCCUCCAGAUUUGCUGCGAGCGGACGCGUUGGGCCGACCUGCGUGUUAGGGGGAGCCCCCCAUCCAUCCCCCUGCUCGUUUGGGUUUGGGGAGAUGGGGACGAGCAGCAGGAGCCGCCCCCUCCUUGCAGCCUCCCCAGCUGGGGUGUAUGGAAGCUGCUGCUUUGCUGUGAAAGGGGCACAGCCGGGUGGGCUCCGGCCCCACCUCGUGCCACCCCAGCCCGGCGCAGGCAGGAGGAGAUGAAGUCUCUCUCUCGGAGGUGCUGGAGCCCCCCCCGAUUUGGGGGCCGUUUGUUUUCCUUCCCUUCUAUAUGUAGCAUUGCUCGGCUGUGGGGCUGGGCCCCCCCAAAAGGGGGGACGUGUGUGCCUGGGCCCCACCGCUGCAGCCUG